ACGCAGUGUAUCCAUACGUCCCAAGUAACCAUGUUCAAAACGCUGUUGUUCGCCGGAUUGUUGGCUGUCGCGUUGGCGGCACCAUCGCCAGUUCCUGCACCAACCCCGGCUCCGGCACCGGCACCGGCACCCUUGAGUAAUGCGGCUUUGAUCACUGCUCCACUCGCUGGCCCGGCUCUUCUCUCCAACAUCGGCGCACCCCUUCUCUACUCUAGUUAUCCGGCACCUCUUCCUCUCGCCAGUUACGCACCCUCCGCGCCUUACAUCUACAAGAGCUACGUCUACUAAUCACCGAUAAGGCGCAACACAGAUCAAUCGAUCGACCGACCGAUCAACCGAUCGAUCAAACGACUGAACCGAACAAUCGAGCAAUCAACCGAUCGACUCAUAUCCUCAUCUUGAAAAAUCAAUAAUCGCAUCUUUGUACUUUCCCCGAAGUAUCAUCCGUGCUUCGA